AUGCAAUGGACAAGUCGCGAGCUGUUGCUGGGUUUCACCACCGGCAUCGCCGUCACUCUGGUUCUUGACCAGGUCCGCCGAUAUGUGACAUCUCCAUACUUUGGUCGGCGACAUACUCACUCUCAAGCUCAAGCCAAGUCUGGUACUUCAUCGUCUUCUGCAGACUCUAUAAGACCAGCUGGUUCCGGCAUCGAAUCUACCAUUGGCAACACCCCUCUCAUCGUCAUUCCGUCCCUUAGCAAAGUAACAGGAUGCACCAUCUACGCCAAAGCCGAAUUCCUCAAUGGGGCUGGCAACAGUCCCAAAGACCGCGUGGCUCUCUCUAUCAUCACACGCGCUGAGUCACAAGGGCUUCUGACCCCUCACGGCGGCGACACCGUCUACGAGGGCACCUCCGGCAGCACAGGGAUCUCACUGGCGACAUUGUGCCGAGCUCGCGGCUACCUUGCGCACAUAUGUAUGCCCAGUGAUCAAAGCCAUGAGAAGAGCAACUUGCUUCUGAAGCUAGGUGCGAUUGUUGAACGAGUCACGCCCGCGCCCAUUGUCGAUCAAGCUCAUUUUGUUAAUCGUGCACGCAUUCUCGCUGAUCAGCACACCGCCGAUCCGACGAGACCGGGACGGGGCUAUUUCGCCAACCAGUUCGAGACUGAAGCCAAUUGGCGCGCACACUACGAGGGCACUGGACCAGAGAUCCUUGCGCAGACAGAGAAUAAGGUCGAUGCAUUCGUCGCCGGUGCUGGCACGGGUGGAACACUGUCAGGAGUUGCAAUGGCGCUGAAGGAGCAACUGGACAAUGUCAAGAUUGUGCUUGCCGACCCACAAGGCAGUGGUCUGUAUAACAAGGUUCAGCAUGGUGUCAUGUUCCACAGCCUUGAGCGCGAGGGUACGAGACGGCGUGAUCAGGUCGAUAGCAUCGUUGAGGGAAUUGGACUCACGAGGUCAACAGCCAAUUUCGAGCAGGGGCGGGAACUCAUUGACGAAGCAGUCAAAAUAACCGACGCUCAGGCGAAGAAUAUGGCCAGGUGGCUGGUCGAGCAGGAUGGCAUCUUCGUUGGCAGCAGCAGUGCGGUCAAUUGUGUUGGCGCAUUACAAACAGCGAUCAAACUAGGUCCGGGUCAUUCCGUCGUGACCAUUCUAUAG